UGCUUUUGUUUUAGUCGCUGCUGCUUAGUUCUGUUGCAUUUAUCAAGUAUAUGAACACCGGGUGAACAUUUAUAAAAGGAUGCUGUGAUAUUUUAUUCUGGUGGAUUCUGUGUGAAGCUGAUCUGAGAGAGAACUGCUUGAAGGAAAUGAAGUGUGGGAAGGCAGUCAUUCACAAGAACAUCAAGCGCUAGAGGGCCGAGAAGUCUUCAGAAGCAGACAUCAUGGGCUCUUCAUGCAUGAUGCUGGUGCUGAUGCUGCUGGUCAGUUUUCGUGUCUCCGGUGGGGUUUGUCCACGGCUGUGCGCCUGCUCUGCUCCCGCUGAAGUGCACUGCACCUUCCGUGCGCUCCUGACCGUUCCCACAGGCAUCUCCAGACAGGUCCAGCGCAUUAACUUUGGGUUUAACACAAUAAAUCACAUCACAGACGUCUCCUUUGCUGGCCUUCGAAAACUAGAGCUGCUGAUGAUGCACAGCAACAAUGUGCAGAAAAUACCCGAAGCUGCUUUUCAGGAUCUGGUUUCAUUGCAGGUUUUAAAAAUGAGCUACAACAAACUGCGAGUCAUUACCAGUCACACCUUCUCUGGUUUGACGGCCCUUGUUAGACUCCAUCUGGACCACAACCGCAUCGAGUUCAUCCACCCAGAUGCGUUCAGUGGGCUGACCUCACUGCGUCUGCUUCAUCUCGAGGCCAACCAUCUACAGAAGCUCCAUCCUGCUACUUUCAGUACGUUCUCGCUGCUGCAGCUUUUCCCCGUGUCCACCCUGAAGCACCUGUACCUCUCUGAAAACCUCCUCAGCACGCUGCCCAGAAACAUGCUGGAGAACAUCCCUCAGCUGGAGAACCUCUUCUUAUACGGAAACCCAUGGAGCUGCGACUGUCGGAUGAGCUGGUUACAGGACUGGAGCGCAAAAAAUCCAGGAGUGAUGAAAUGCAAAAAGGACAGAUCAUUUGCCAGCGGUCAGCUCUGUCCACUGUGUGCGUCUCCUAAACACCUUAAAGGACAAGACAUCUUGAAUCUCAAAGAGUUCAUCUGCUCUGGACCAGCUAUCAGCUCUCCAGGGAAGAACGUCUCACAAGAGGAAAACAUGAGUGAACUUCUGCCCAUCGACAGGAUCAAACCACCAUUUGGAAACGUCUCCCUUGGUUUAUCCGACGAGCAUGGGACUAGAGUCGACUUGAUCUGUCAAAUACUUGAACCAAUAGAACCCACUAAAAUCAGCUGGAAUUAUACGAAAUCUCUGGAGAUCGCUGCUAACGUGACUCUCUUCUUUGACCUGGAGUGUCCUGUGGACAGAGACAACUAUGAGAGCUUCUGGAGGCUUCUUGCGUACUAUAGUGAAGUGCCUGUGCAUCUCCGAAGGGAAAUCAUGUUAAGCAGAGAGCCAGAGCUGAGCUACAGAUACAGACAGGACAUCGAAAGGGAUACCUAUUUUUACACUGGGGUCAGAGCCAAUGUUGUAGCCCGUCCAUCUUGGCUCAUGCAGUCCUCCGUGAACAUUAAAUUAAACAGGCCUUAUUCCUCCUCCAAGAGUAUGAGACUCAUUCUUAACACUCAUUUGACUACCACUACAGACAAGGAGCCCGUCAGAUCUUGGGUCAUGAUUGAACAUGACAAUAAAACCCAGACAAGCUUCAGUUCUGUUGUGGGUGGUGCGAUUGAAAUGGACUGCCGUGUGCAAAGCUCAGGAAACGCUGCUGUUCACUGGAUGAUGCCUGAUGGGUCAAAGAUUAAAGCUGCGUUCGACACAACCCACAGAAGAGUCACUGUUUCUAGCAGUGGCGAACUUCACAUUAAAUCUGUCGAGCACACAGACUCUGGGGUUUAUUAUUGCAUUGCUGAGGUUGCAGGAGAUACAGAUGUUCUGCCUUUCCGUUUUUCCGUUAUAGAGUCCUCAACCCCGCUUCCAGGUGAAGAAUUUGGAAAUGCUUUAACAAAGUUUGUUGGCGAGUCUGCAUCUUUGCCGUGUCUUACUACUGCGACUCCAGAUGCUAUGGUGAAUUGGAUAUUUCCAGAUGGCAGUGUACUGAAUGCCAAAGCAAAUUCAUCCAGGGCUUUAGUCUUUCCCAAUGGGACUUUGUUCAUUCCUUAUAGCCAGCUCAACAAUAAUGGAUAUCACAAAUGUGUCGCCAUGAACCAGCAUGGUGUGGAUGUACUGGUGACUAAACUAACUGUUAUGAGACGGAAAGGAAUUCAACCAUUGCGACAGUAUCCAAUACGGCCACAGUCUGCAGCGGGGGUUUUCUCUAAGGUAAAAGCCUAUUUGGAGGACGUAGAGGAAGCUUCCGGAGAUGAAACCCGAGUACCAAACAGAAGCUUUAUUAAUCGAAGAAAGGGUCCAAAUGCAAGAACUCAAGGGCGUUAUUUUGGCAAAAUCCGCCAUAGACGACCCUUUAGAAAGGGCAUGCAUGAACAACCAAACAGAACUGGCUUAACAAACCAAAGAACUGUUAAUACCAAGAACAAUAUAGACCCUAAGAAGUGGGCUGUUCUUUUGGCCAAAAUCCGUGAGAAAACCUCUCAAAAGAACUCAUCAGUUAACAUUGUCCAACAUGGUGCUGCAGAGAUGGAAAAUGUAGAUCAUCCGGGGUUGACUGACGACAUUGAGAGUUCUUCUGGAGACUCCGGUCCACAGGAAGAGUCAAACACUUUCAGCACGCCACACCAAGCGGAUGUUUACCACAAUCAUGCAAUUACACCUCAUAUCAAGGGACAAAAUAAUAACGUAUACCUAACGGCUCCUCCAGAAUUACAAACUAGCUCAGAUGAGGUGCUUUACAUCUCAAAUCCCACAUCUGGAUACCAUUAUGUUAUGAAAGAGGUAAAUGUUGAAGAAAGAGGGCAUGUGAGCACCAUAAGUGCUGAAAAUGACCAAGUAAAUUCCAGGUCUAUCAUCAAACCGGAGUCUGAGAAAGAAAAUGAGCUCAGUUCCUCAGAAAAUACCAGCGUCCAGUCACAGAUUGGGGGUUUUGAUUUUGGACAGCCUGACAGCAAUUCAUUUGCUACUACAUCAAGCCCACGCUCAGCAUCCAGAGCAAAAGAUCAAUGGAGCUCCAGGAAAAGAUUUGGAGGUAGGCGACGAAUACAAUUAAGACUCCCAUUCUCAAAGCUUCCAACAAGAAGACCAUGGUCAACCUCUACAGCUGCAGGAGUUCAUGCUCCAACUUUGAAAGCAGAUCCAACAAGCCCAGCUGAAAACACAAUUAUCUAUCCAACUUCUACAGCUACUGGUCUCAUUUACUCCAGAACCCCAUCUAAUGACACGUUGAUCCAUCCGACUAGUACAACCACUGCUCACAUGUUGUCCACUAAUCCAGCUGGAAGCUUGUCAGUCCAUCCAACUAUCCCUGUAACCACUCACAUUUACUCUACAACCUUAGCUGAAAGAACGUCGGAAUAUCUGACUACUAGUCCCACUCAUCCUACUGUGCCGAGGGUAUUCCCAAAUGCCAUUAAUGAGGAAAACACCAUCCAGCUCCCGGAUGAGAAAACUAGUUCAAAAAUACACAAAGUAAAGGCAAACAGUUUCCUCCGAAUCCAACAGAUGCCUACAAAUUCUAGAACUCCAUCUGCAUCUCCCUUCAUGAGCACAACAUCAGAGUUGGAUAAUAAAGACGUUAGUUAUUUUGAGGAGGAAGAGGACAGAAGCAUUGCAUCUACGGAGAAGAUGGAUGAGAACUUGGUUCCCACGAGUGUAUAUCCGACAUCUCGACUUGGCGUCGAAAUGGUCCCACUAACAACUGCCCAGCAGGAGUUCACAGGCAUGAUUUCGACAGCAUUACCAAAGGCCAACAAAGAGAUUCAUCCAACAGAGAUCAGCUUUACUUUCGACACAGACAGGCUGGAUGUCAUCCACUUACCUGAAUCACACUUGAGCAAUGUUCUAAAAGAGAACGAUACAUUGGAAGUAAGUUCUACAGAAGAAUAUUUAGUCACCUCCAUGCCACAACACCUUGACUACCCACCUUCACAACCAACUGAAAGCUUUAAAGAAGACAAAUCCAUUCACAACCAAGUAUCUUUUCCUUUAACACCAGAAUCCAUAAUAUCUGUUGGGAGACAAACCGAGUCUUUAGCCACAAGAUCACAAUUGCAUAAUCUUACUACUCAAACUAAUGAGAUUUACUUAUUACAACCAAACUCUGUUUCUAAGCAAGACCAUAGGGAACAGUUUGUCCAUGAACUCAAUGAACCUUUGAUUCGUCCUACAACACUGAAUACUUUGCACACAAUUACAUUACCAGCAACUACAGCCAUAAUUCCCAAUAUAACCCAGCUCAUUGGAAAAACAAAAGCAUCUACUACACUGUCGAUAGCUGCUACUACUGCUGGGCCUACUUUGACUACUUCAGCUACUACUAUGAUGACAACUACUAGUACUACUACUACACUUGCUAUAAAGUCAAUACCCAGUUAUCUCUUACCAGACAAUAGAAUCCCAUUUUAUUCAAGAAAACCUGGAACAAACUACAUUGAUUCUAGGCACAGGGGAAGAUUUCCCAGCACUAACCACAGGUAUCCAUACUAUAACAGUAGAAAUCCUUCUGUGAAUAUUAGCCCUAAUAUUAUCAGAAAAUCUUCUGGCACCACCUCACCUGUGGAUUUAAACUCUCUCAACAAUGACAAAUCAACUACUACACCUAAGAUACCGACAGCAACUGCUCGAUCUGCCACCUCGAGUCCCACGACUGUGUCAAGCACCACGCAGCCAAACAAUCAAAUUCAGAUCGAUGAACCAGUGAACAAACAGUCAGGUGCAGUUAUGAUUCCUCAAAGACCUCAAAUGCUUCCUGUGCUGCAAAUGAAGCCCAGAAUCACUGCUGCCAAACUCAGCACAGUCACUGUGAAUGCUGGGACAGAUGUGCAGUUACCAUGUGAUUCUGAGGGGGAGCCAAAAUCACUCCUGACAUGGACCAAAGUCUCCACAGGGGCCAUCAUAUCAUCAAAUAACAAAAUCCAGCGAUUUGAGGUCCAGUCCAACGGAACGUUUGUCAUCCACGAUGUCCAGCUUCAGGACCGGGGGCAGUAUCUUUGUAGCGCUCGCAAUCCACACGGCAUUGACAAGAUGAUGGUGACCCUAGUGGUGUUGGCCCAUGCACCCAGAAUGAUGCCUCCACAUCAUAAAGAUAUAACAGUCUAUCUAGGAAACAGUGCUUUCUUGGAAUGCAAAGCACAAGGUCUCCCAAUCCCAAACAUCAGCUGGGUGCUUCCGGAUCGAUCGGUGGUGCGAGCUGUUAGUAACAGCCAACAGAAGGUCUUGCUCUUCACCAAUGGGACACUUCAAGUCAAAAACACCAAUUACCUGGACAAAGGCAUCUACAAAUGCAUAGCGAGCAACGCUGCUGGAACCGAUAUGCUUUCUGUGAGGCUCCACAUCGAAGCUUCACCGCCCACAAUCCACGAGCAGCUCUGGGAGAACUACACUGUCUCUGAUGGCCAAUCAGCGUUCAUGCACUGCACCACUAAAGGCAUGCCCAGUCCAACACUACGCUGGGUCACGUUUACCGGUGCGCAGCUUCGCCCCUCGCAGUUCAUCAAUAGCAAUUUGUUUGUUUUCCCAAAUGGGACGCUGUUUAUUCGUAACCCCACAGAGAAGAAUUCUGGGAAUUAUGAAUGCGUGGCUGUGAAUUCGGUGGGUGUUGCUAAAAGGACUGUGAAUCUGCAGGUGAAGAGGAGCUCCACUAUGGCCAGAAUCAUGUCCACUUCUGCACACAGUAGUGAUGUCAGCUAUGGAGAUCAGCUGAGUCUCAACUGUUCAGCCACUGGAAGCCCCAAUCCUAGGAUCAUCUGGAGGACGCCGUCUAAGAAACUGGUUGAUGCAUAUUACAGCUUUGAUCGCAGAAUGAAAGUGUUCAGCAACGGCACACUCACUAUCACAUCAGUGACCGAGAAGGAUGAAGGCGACUAUCUCUGUGUGGCCAGAAACAAAAUGGGUGACGACUAUGUUCUACUUAAAGUCAAUGUAAUGAUGAAAGCGGCUAAAAUCAACUACAAGUCACUAAGCGAUCGUGAGGUUUUGUAUGGAGGAGAGCUGAAAGUCGACUGCAUCGCCUCUGGUUUUCCCAACCCAGAAAUCACGUGGAGUCUUCCAGACGGUACCACGGUCAACAGCAUCCCUCAAUCUGAUGAUAACAGGGUUCGUGCCAAGAGAUACGUGAUGUUUGAUAAUGGCACGCUGUAUUUAAACGAAGUCGGAAUGGAGGAGGAAGGCGACUACACAUGCUACGCCGAGAAUCGGAUUGGGAAAGAUGAAAUGAAGGUUCAUAUCAAGGUGGUAGCAGAUGCACCGAUUAUCCGAAACAACGUUUACAGCAUCGUCAAAGUUCCUUACGGAGAAAACGCCAUACUUAACUGCAGCGCCAAAGGAGAGCCAACUCCUGUAAUCACAUGGACGUCUCCAGCUCAUCGGGCCAUAGUGCCAGUUUCCGACAAGUACCAGAUCGCCAACGAUGGCACUUUGCACAUUCAAAACGUCCUAAAUUUUGACAGCGGGAAUUAUACAUGCUCAGCAAGGAAUGUUGUGGGAAUUGACAAGAAAGUCGUUCAUGUUGAAGUCCUUGUGUCAACGCCGGUUAUAAACGGAUUUGAGAGUCAUGGGAUCGUUCGUAAAACUGUCGUAAAGGAUCAGCGUGUGCUUUUAGACUGCAAAGCAAUAGGCAACCCAAUUCCAAGGAUCAUGUGGGUGUUUCCCAACAACAUUGUGCUUCCGGCACCGUACUAUGGCUCAAGGAUUACAGUUCAUCGCAAUGGCACGCUUGACAUCCACACAGUGCGGAUAAGCGAUUCUGUCGCGCUUCUUUGCAUCGCACACAAUAAAGGAGGAGAAGCCAAACUGCAGUUUCAACUCGAGGUGACCGAAGGAGAUGAAAAGCCACUAUUGCGAAAUCCGCCUACAGAGUCCGUCCAACUCUCAGAUGGGAUAAUAAAUCUAAAUUGUUCCGUUGAAGGAAAACCGCCACCAGAGAUCACUUGGAUUCUCCCUAAUGGGACUUCGCUUCUUAGGGGAACUAGUAUUUUCCGUUUUCAUCAUCGAUUUGACGGCACUUUGGUUAUUAGAGACCCGUCGGUUUCUGAGAUCGGACGGUAUCGAUGUGUCGGGCGCAACAGCAUCGGAUACGUCGAGCGAACCGUGACAUUAGAGUCCAACAGGAAGCCGGAAAUCACUAACAAGUACAGCUCACUCGUCAGCAUUAUAAAUGGUGAGAAUCUGCAUCUCAACUGUUUGUCCGGUGGUCAACCGUUACCCAAACUUACCUGGACUCUACCAAACGGAGUCGUCUUAACCCGGCCACAGACGACCGGACGAUAUUCGGUCCUAAACAAUGGUACUCUUGCUGUCCAAAGGGCAUCUGUGUACGAUAGAGGGAUGUACCUCUGUCAAACGACUAAUGAGCAUGGAUCAUCCAGCUUGUCGGUUUCAGUGAUUGUAAUCGCGUAUCCACCACGGAUAACCAAAGGACCAUCACCAGUGACUUACGCUAGUCCAGGUGUGGCUGUUCAGUUAAACUGUGUUUCUCUCGCUACGCCUAAAGCCGAGGUGGUUUGGGAAAUGCCUGACGGUCUUCAGCUGAAGGUCGGCAUCCAGCCACGACUUUAUGGAAACAAGUAUCUCCAUCCUCAAGGUUCACUGGUCAUUCAGAACCCUUCCAGCAGAGACAAUGGCGUUUAUAAGUGCACUGCCAAAAACGUGGUGGGUAACGAUAGCAGAUCAACUUAUGUUUAUGUGUUUUGAUGCAAACUAACUUUACAGACAAGCCCGAAGAACUGCAUUAAGACUGUUCGUAAAAAUAUAUAUAUAAUCUUUUGGAAUCACUUUCUACUGACUCUUGUAAAUAUGAAAGUGUGAUAUUUUAAUCCACUUCAAAUUAAGCGACUCUGGAGUAUUUCUACAUUAAUAGAUGUCCGUUCAUGCUCUUGGGAAGCAAACUGAUAAUCAAGCUCUCAUUUAAUUUGUUUGUUUAUUUGGUAACACUUUACUUAAAAACUUAAUGUAUAAUGCAUUAUAAAAGUAGUUUUAAUGCAUUUAUUAUGCCUUGUAAUAAUGCAUUGCCAGCUAAGACUUUAUAACACUUCAACAAUUCAUCAUUACACUAUGCAUUUCGUAAUAAUUUAUAAAGCACAUUAUGAAUAAUUAUAAUGCAUUAUACCCCUUAAUAACCCUUUACAAUGAAUUAAACAUAAAGGCUUUAAAUAAAGUGUUACCAUUUAUUUAAUAUCUUAUUUGCUAUUUAUAUGGUGCUUUUAGUUAUCAAGAACCAUAAGCUCCAUUUAGCACAUGAAUUUAAUUGGUAAUGCUUUACAAUAAUGUUCUCUUUGCCAACUACAUUGAUCAUCAGCUAAGAUUAUUGACUAUAUGAUUUAGAAUUUCUUUCAUUUUUAUUUUAUUGUUGUUGAAUUUAAUAAUUUACUAAUAUAUUAUUGAAAUCAAAAGUUGUAUCUCUUAAUAUUAUUUAACGCACCUGAACUAACAUAAACUUACAGUGAACAGCUGUAUUAUUAAUUAACACUAAGGAAGAUUAAAUCAAUUCUGUAACAAAUGUAUUGCUCAUUGUUGCAGUGACUAAUGAGACUUUUUUGUAAAGUGUAAACCAAUUCAUUCAUAGAAUCCUGAUUUUUGCACCUACAUUAUUUUCACAUUUAACAUGCAUUCAUUUAGUAAAUGACAAGUAUGCAUUUAUUUACAUGCAUGCGUUCAUUUAACAGAUGCUUUUUUCUUUAAAAAAAAAAAAAAAAAAAGGAACGGACACAUCAGAAAGAAUUCUUAAAAAUGCAAUAGAGAACAAUUUCAGUGAUUUAUUAGAAAGCUAGAUAAAGCCAACAUCCUGACACUUAUUGAAUUGUUUUAUAAUAGUAGCUUCUUUUACAGCCACUCGUGCACAUCUUUUGGAUGAGAAGUGCUCAUUUGCAUGAAAUAGGCUGCACUGAACCUAAUUUCUGCUGCAAGCGAUGAAUGCAGAUGCUUUCUAAACAGCUUCUUUUGCAUGAGUAACAGACUGUAUUACCAUGCUGCUAAUAUAAUAUGCUUAAUAGCCUAUGCAACAUAAUAUUUGGGUGCAUUUUUAUAUUCAUAUUCUUAUGGAACAUACUGAUGCUUUUCACCAUUGAAAGGAUUUUCUUAUCUUCCCCUCAGCUAUGAUUUCACUAGUCUAUGCAUAUCAGCCCACAACCUUUUUAUCAGGUUUUGAGACCGCGACUAACAGCUAUGCUUGCCAAAAUGAAAAUAAUGUGAAAACAGUUUAUUUAUGGAAUCAGGGAUUCCUACCAGUGUACAUUAUUAGGUUUUAAUAAGUUUUCAGUGCACAUUAUUACUUUUUUCUUUUGCCACUUCUGAGUUUGAGAAACUGUGGUGAAAUGUGCUGAUUUAACACACGAAUGAACACAGUCUGUAUUUGGAUCUGUUUAUUCCUUCUCUGUAUAUUAUAUUUCAUUUAUUUUAAUAAAUUAUUUGUAUGUUUUUGUCUAAAAA